CGGCUAACUGCCGCUGCGUCCAGGUCUAGUCAUGAAGUCGUUCAAGGCUGCCGGCAAAUACUCCUUCCAGAAACCGAAAUCAUUUCUCAUCGAGGACAUCUUAGGGAAGGGAGACUCGUACGAUUCGGACGCGGCCCGGUCCCCGGACGGCUCGGAGGAGCGGUACGCGGAGCCGCGCGGUCUGCCAGAGCCCCCGGGCGUGGCGCUCUUCCCGGCGGCCGCCGUCGGCGCCAGCAUGGCGGCCGCCGCCGCCGCCUACCUGCCGCACUACCUGCACAAGCAGGAGGCCGCCGCCGGCUUCCUCUUCUCCGGACCGCCCGGCUUCUCAGCAGGACUGCCCUUCUCCACGUACUUCUCGACGGACGUGGGCCGCGUCUGUCGGCGCCGCAAGGCGCGCACCGUGUUCUCCGACCAGCAGCUGCACGGACUGGAGUUACGCUUCAAGUCCCAGCGCUACCUGAGCACGCCCGAGAGAGUCGAGCUGGCUGCCGCUCUCAGUCUGACAGAGACGCAGGUGAAGACGUGGUUCCAGAAUCGGCGGAUGAAAUACAAGAAGCAGCUUCGUCGCUCGGACGACAAGGUGACGGGCUCCGGGCAGCCAGACACGCAACUGGACCUCUACCUGAGCAGCAGCGGGUCCCCGCCAACGCACCUCCAGUCCGGUCAGGGCGACCGGCGUCACGACGACGACGACGACGAGGGGGACAGGGACGACAGCGACGAGGACGUCAACGUCACCGAGGACAGCCACCACGGCUUCCACUAGCUGGUCGUCUGGUGCUGGUGGUCGUGCAAUACUCGCCGUUUCGCUGCGCGGGGACAGACCUGCGGGAACUCCGUACAUACUCUGUAUGCAGUGUGCGUCGCGUGUACACUACCGGGUGUUUUUCUACCGGCUCUGUGCGGCGCGCGGCGCGGGCCCGUCCGCCCCGGACUCGGGACCGUCUGUUGACUGGGGUCAUGUCACUGACCGGUCCACGUGAGGAGACCGUUCUUCAGUUAAUUUACGUGUGGCAGGGCGGUGCCUGGCCGGUGUUUGUGUUCAGUCAGCCUUUCGCCGCAAGUUGACGUCACGAGCUGAACGGAGAGUUCGGGAUCGGUCCGCAGGGGUUCUGACGGCGCGGAUUAAGGAAUGUUGUAAGCCUCACAUGGCUCCAGACUUGGCUCUCAGCAACGCGAGAUCGCUUGUAACAGUGUUGUUAUUAUUUUGCACGGGUGUAGGACAUGCACUGGUCUGCAUUCCUCGAGAUAAUUCGAAAUUCGAGAUAAUAAUGAGUCUAAAAAGACAAUUCACGUCCGAUGACGCAGUCACACGAGAAAAAUAGCUGAGAGUCUCAUAUUGCGAAGCAGACAUUAUACUCAAAGGACGUGUAGUACAAUGGAGAUUUCAAUCAUUUUUGUGGAGUCUUCGCUACUUGAAGCAGCUCGAGAUUUUUAAGCGGGAAAAUAAGUGAGCAUAAUUAAAGUACUUUGUACGCCUUCAAUUGAGUUUGAAGCCACCAUCUUGACGAGCCUGCUCUGGUACAUCCGUACAAUCCUCGCUUUGUGUGGUGUAUGUCACAAGGACAGGAUUCGCUCUUGGUGUUCGGAAGCUGCAUGUGAGCCAGAGGUCGCCCCCAUCCGAGUUGUUAACAGUGUACUUUUUCACCGUAAAUGAAAGAAACGCUGUUUUCAGAUCUCUCUGCGGCUGCAUCUAUAUAAGUUUAAGGUGAUAUUGUCGUUUUGUCGGAUGUGUCGAAACCUGAGCCGACCUCAGCUUAAUGUGAACUAUUUCUAGUCAUAAAUAAUACACGUAGAUAUGAAAGAGUGCUCUUACGUUACGUUCGUGCUGACACCUGUGAUCAAACUGACUCUCCUUGCUGGUGCAAACGCGAUGUUUUCUGCAAUACAAAA